AUGGCGUACGAUCGGUACACCCGCGGAACUCCCACUUUCGACGACCUAGAUGAUCGCGACGCGCCUUACGGCGAUCCGACCGCGUCGUCCGACAACGACGGCGUUCCCGACGUCGUUAAGACGUUCGUCGCUUUUCUCUACCGUCACAUUCGCGAGAACAAUGUCUACGAGAUCCACCAGAUGUACGAGAACAGCUUCCACAAGUUAUCGCAGCGACUCUUUAGCGAAUCGCCGUGGCCCACGGCGGAGGCGAUCGCGCCGGUGGUGGAUCACGACCACGUGUUCUGCCUGCUGUAUCGCGAGCUGUACUUCCGCCACGUGUUCGCGCGGCUCCAGCCGACGUUGGAGCAGCGGUGCGAGUCCUGGGAGAACUACUGCAGCCUGUUCCAGGUGGUGCUGCUGGGCAAUCUGAACGUGCAGCUGCCCAACGCGUGGCUGUGGGACAUGGUGGACGAGUUCAUCUACCAAUUCCAGUCCUUCUGCCACUUCCGGGCGCGAGUGAAGAGCCGUACGGACGAGGAGAAUGCAGCACUCAAGCAGUGCGGCAAUGUGUGGAAUGUCUAUGGAGUGCUGAACUAUCUCCAUGCGCUCGUAGCCAAGUCCAACAUCCUUGCGAUUCUCGACGACGACUCGGACGGAGGGGCAGCAGCAAUGUUCCUGGCGACCGAGGGGUAUGACAUGACGGGCGCGGGGGGCAGCAACGUGGAGCGUGUGCUGGGGUACCUGUCGCUGGUGGGGCUGCUGCGCGUGCACUGCCUGCUGGGGGACUAUCAUACCGGGCUCGUGAAGCUGUCUCCGAUUGACGUCGGGCGCCCAGGGGUUUUUCAGCGAAUCACGGGCUGCCACAUCACCGCCAUGUAUUACUACGGAUUCGCGAGCCUCAUGCUGCGCAGGUACGUGGACGCUAUCAGGGCAUUCAACCAGGUGCUCCUGACACUCGCCAAGGCCAAGCAGUACCACGAGACCCUCCCCCAAUAUGACCAGAUCCUGAAGAAGACCGAGCAGAUGUUCGCGCUUCUCGCCGUCUGCCUCUCGCUCUGCCCGAACGGGAAACUUUUGGAGGAGUCGGUCAACGGGCAGCUGCGCGAAAAGUUCUCGGACAAGAUCCAGAGGAUGCAGCGCGGCGACGAGGCGGUUUUCGACGAGCUGUUUUCGUUCGCCUGCCCGAAGUUUGUCACGCCUGCCCCUCUGGUGGAGGACGGGGGCGAGCUGGUCAACUACAACCAGGACGCCUACCGCCUACAGCGGAAGCUCUUCCUGGCUGACGUGCGCUCUCAGCUCGCCCUGCCAGGGCUGCGAUCCGCUCUCUCUCUCUACUCCGCCAUCUCCCUGCCCCGCCUCUCCACCUUCCUGGAUGUUUCCGAGACCACCCUCAGGACCGCACUCAUCACCCUUCGCCACAAGAACACAGUUGUGGAGGGCGAUGGCUCGGUGCUGCCCAAUGCUGAGCUGGACUUCUACAUCGACGAUGACUUAGUGCAGGUGGUUGAUCGCAAGACCACGAGGCGGUUUGGGGACUAUUUCAUCAAGCACAUUCUCAAGUUUGAUGAGCUUGCAGGGCAGCUGGAGAACGUUCAGCUAGUAGUUUCCCCCAAAAUUUCCCAUUCCCGCUCACCGCCGCGUUCUUCCCCUGAUCUCCACCCCCCGCACCCCCCUCCACUUCCCCCCUCCUCCCCCUCCCCAACGUGUUUUGUCCCCUUCACCUUUCUGUCCGCUCCCCUGCUGCUCGCUCCCGCCUCUCCGCCUUCUCUCUCGCUCCACCUAAAAUCAGCCAAAAUGCCGUUCCGGAGAUACAUGGAGGUGGGCCGGGUGUGCAUGGUCAACUUCGGCCCCAUGUACGGCAAGCUCGUCGUCGUCGUCGAUAUCAUCGACCAAAACAGGGCCCUAAUUGACUUCACAGGCAUGGAGCGCCAGCAGAUCAACUUCAAGCGCCUCUCGCUGACGGACAUCACCAUCGACAUUCCCAAGGCCGCCUCGAAGAAGGAGCUGCGCGCCGCCAUCGAAGCCGGUGAGGUGCAGAGCAAGUGGGAGGCGAGCUCGUGGGGGAGGAAGCUGCUGAUCCAGAAGAAGCGGGCGGCUCUAACCGACUUCGAGCGUUUCAAGAUUGCUGCUGCCCGUUCACAGAAAGCUAAGGCUGUGAAGAAGGCUCUUGCUUAA